AUGAGAAGGAAUAUCAGCGAUGAUACUCAUCCAUACGAUGUUCCAAUGCCGGUUAACUUGUACACCAUCGGUGCUACAGCUGCCGAGAUACCGGCAGCAACUUUUCGCAAUGUGAAUAUUGGGAAUCUUCAAACUGGAGCAAGACUCCAGGUUAAUCGCCCUGUUUUCAAUCAGGAAAGCUUUGAUUCAUCAUACGAAUUAUCUGAUCCCGGACUUCCGCUGAAUCCGCGACAGAAGUUAUACAAAAAGGGGAAAUCUUGGUUCCCACCAAAGAUUAAAUGGGAGCAGGCAUGCAGUGUCCAGUCGGCAUAUGCCGUGCUGGUUCGCUGGAUACCUAUUUUAUAUUGGCUUCCUAAGUAUAACUGGAAAGCUAACUUGUUGGCGGAUGUUACAGCAGGGGUGACAGUGGCAUUCCUCAACACUCCGGAAGGUGUAGCGUAUGCUCUUUUGGCUUCGGUCCCUGCCAUAACUGGGCUGUAUACUUCCUUUUUCCCUUUACUGAUUUUUAUCUUCCUCACCACAACGAGACAUUCCACCUACGGCACCAACGCUAUAAUAAGCGUGAUGACCAGCAAGCUUGUAAUGCAGCAUGCUCAAGAUUAUUUGCUCGUCGAAGAGGUGUCCCUCGGCGAACAAUACUCAAACGAAACGCUAUCAGCUCUCGAGACGAGCCAAAUACGGGUUGCUUCCGGUGUGGCCUUUUUAAUGGGAGCGUGGCAGCUCAUUUUUGGCAUAGUUGGAGCAGGCGGACUUGUGGUUUAUUUCUCCGAUCAACUAGUGCAAGGAUUUACCUGUGGAGCGGCAGUGCAUGUAUUCAGUAGUCAAUUGCCCACAGUGUUCGGCAUCCACGGUCUACCAGGAUACCAAGGCGCAUUCAAGUUAAUACGCACAUACGUCGCUUUCUUCCAAGUAAUCCACACUACUCACGGCACCACCCUCAUCGUUUCCCUGUUAUCAUUAAUCUUCCUGAUAAUCAUCAAAUACGCCAUCAACGCCAACCAGCGCAUCCGGGCGGUGAUUCGUGUGCCCAUCCCGGCGGAACUGCUCACCGUCCUCCUGGGCACAUCCAUCUCCUACGCCAUGAAUCUGCAUGGUCGCUACGGCGUCACCAUUGUCAACCGGAUGCCCGCCGGGUUUCCGGCACCCGCCCUACCCGGCAUCCACAAUAUCAUGGGCCUAGUGGGUGACACGUUCAUUAUCAGCGUUAUUGCGCUGUCGUUGAGUAUUACGCUGGGACUGUUGUUUGCCAAUAAACACGGCUACGCCAUCGAUCCCAAUCAGGAGUUCCGGGCGCAGGGCGUGGCCAAUGUGAUUUCUUCAUUCUUCCAGUGUUUUCCGUCCUGUGUGUCGGUGGCAUGCACGGCACUACAGGACGGAGUGGGUGGUCGCACACAGGUGGUCAGUAUGGUGCACUGUACCAUUAUUCUGAUCGUUAUUGUCGCGCUGGGACGCUUUUUGGAGCCGUUGCCGCAUGCGUGUCUGGGAGCGAUUGUCAUGAUUUCCGUGGUGAAAUUAAUCGCGCAGAUUGUCCAACUGGUUGCUCUUUUGAAGGUGUCCCUUAUUGACUGGUCGGUGUUCGUCGCGGUAUUUUUUGGAGUGGUCAUUCUGGAUGUUGAUUAUGGUUUAGCCAUUGGAUUGGCAUGGGCAAUACUGACAAUUAUGCUAAGAAUGCAAAAACCGAAAGUGGCUCCCAUGGGAAGAUUACCGGGAACGGACAUUUAUCAACGGACAGAUGAAUAUAUCAUGGCGACAGAAGUUCCAGGCGUAAAGAUAAUAAAGGUCAACGCACCCAUCUAUUACGCCAAUGCAACAUAUAUUAAACUCCGUUUAUACGCAUUUGCCGAACUCAACAGCCUGUUGCAAAAGCCGACCAUUAACAAUUCUCGUCGCGGAAACCGUCUGGUCAACGCAUCCACUCAAAGCGGUUUUGAUCCAACGGUGGCCGAAAAUUAUGCUUACGCAGACCGUUUAGACAAUAUCUCCACGAUUGACCGGCAGAAAAUGGAGGCAAACCGCCGGCCAAGUUAUCAGUUCCGGCGCAGCUCCAUAGCGUUUCGGCAGAGCGCCGGUGCGCCGGCCGUAAUCAGUCUGGAAGAAUUUGAUGAUCUACAAAAUGACAGCCGCACUGCGGAUCAAGCAGCGCAAACCCGGCAUCUGAUUGUUGACUGCUCGAGUGUGUCGUUUUUGGAUGUCACCGGAGCGGGAUUUCUCAAGAAAACGCAGGCGGAAUGUGCCGGGAUGGAUGUGGAGGUCCUAUUAGCCUGUGCAUCUAAAUCUGUUCGGGAAAUGUUAUAUGUGUGCGGCGCCGGUGAAUAUAUUCUGCCGCAUCAGUAUUUUGUUACGAUUCACGACGCAGUAUUGUAUGCGGUCAACACGCAGAAACAGCAUCCUAACACAAGAAUUCUUCAUAAUAUUAAUAAUAGGGUGGUGAGAUUAACUGCCGGAGUGGGCACAUCUCCUCGCACAGAAGACAAUAGACCGGAAGAUGUUCCGGAGCGGUCGAACGAUAACGGGAAUGCCAUCAUUUGCAGCGGUCACCGGCAGCGAGCUGCUGGCUACGAAACUAUGUGA